AUGACCCCGCUGUCCGGCAUCUCAUCUGUGCCAUUCAUGUUGCUGGCACACACCGGUGCUCGAUCAGCUCGCUUGGUCGAACUCCACAAGAAGCACCCUAUCAUCCGCACUGGGCCAACUACAUUGUCUUAUUCGGACCCUCGAGCAAUCAAGGAUAUCUACGGGCACAACACAAAGUGCACGAAGGAUGGCUCCUAUAUCAUCACUGCUGGCUCGCACUUCCACCUCGCCGACGUCAUCGACAAGCCAGAUCACGCGAGGAAACGCAAGGUUCUUUCGUCGGCGUACGCCUUGAAGAACUUGGAAGGCUGGGAACACAAGGUUGCAGACAAGACAGCCCGCAUGAUUGCACAUUUCGACAAGUGCUGUACAGCUCCAUUGAAACCCGGAAGACUCCCGGAGCCACAUGAGUUGAAUGUGGAUUACCGAGAGUGGACUAAUUACUUUACAUUGGAUGCUAUCGCCGACAUUGGCCUGUCGGAAAGACUAGGGUUUCUCGACAAUGGCCACGACCGAGUCAUCGGCCGCAGAACGGAUGGUACCAAAUACCAGUGUAAUUUCCGGGAGUGCCUAUAUCAAAAUGCUCGAAAGCAAUCACUCCUGAUCUGGCCUUACAAGUGGUAUCCAUUGAUCAACAAGCUGUCCAACAUGAUUCCCUUCUAUGGGCGUAUGGGGAAGCUUGCUAGGGACUGGGACGGGAUUCCUCUCGAGCUUGCCCAUCGCCGACUGGAGAGAUAUCGCCGGGGAGAGAAGCUAGACGACUUCUUCCAGGCACUGAUGGAGGACAAAAACGGACACCCCAACAACCUCGAAUGGGGCGAGAUUGUGGCCGAAGUGAGUAUCAUGAUGAACGCAGGAAGUGCCACAACUGCAAUUGCAAUGGCAAAUGUCCUGUAUCAACUGCUUAAGAAUCCUGGAGUGAUGAAAAAGCUGGUGGAAGAGCUUGAUGCUGCACUCGACGACGAGGACAUGCAAGCCGUGGUUCCUUACGAUCGGGUGAAGCAUCUGCCGUACCUGAGAGCUUGUUUGGACGAGUCGUUGCGACUAUUUCCACCAACUCCCCACGCACUUCCCCGUGAGACUCCCCCGGAAGGUCUGAGCAUCUUGGACGACUAUAUUCCUGGCGGGGUCUCGGUCGGCAUGUCGGCCCUUGUCGCUCACAGAAAUGAAGAACAUUUCCCUCAGGCCGACAAGUACAUCCCUGAAAGGUGGCUCGGCGAAGAAGGCAAGAAUCUUCAACCCUACUUCCUUGCCUUCUCUGCCGGUGCGCGGGGAUGCAUUGGUCGCAACAUCUCUUACUUGGAGCAAACAGUGGUAUUGGCUUCAAUGCUCCGUAGAUACGAGUUUGCACUACCUCAUAUACAUUGGGAGAUCGAGAGGCUGGAGACCAUGAACUGGCUGUUAGGGGAGAUGCCCGUCAAGAUCUGGAGGCGAGAGCCGAAAUCUACCUGA